CUCCCUGGCCGCCAGUCCUUUUGGCGGCCUCUUAGCGCUUUGGCGCUCCUCCCUUUCCUCCGCUGAGCCCCAGUCGGCUGAUCUCCGCUAUUGGGCGGAAAACUAAGACUACUGCUGCCUUCCCUGAGUCACAGAGUGACUCGUCGACCUCAUGGAUAACAACAACCCCCCAAAAAAUAAUCCAAAAGGAGCCGAAAUUGUCAUUGAAUGUGAAGAUGACGAGCUGGAACCAUGGCAGAAAAAAGAAGAAACUUCAGAUGACGAUGAGCUAAUCUUUGUUAAAGAGAUAUCAAAUGCAAAAACUGCCAUUUCAAGUAAUUCAGAUGAAUUGCAGUCUCUAAGUUCUGUGUCUACCUUGCCUAUGUGUCCGCCUGACUCAAAAUCUACAGACAGCAUUGCAACUCAGGAUUAUACGGGGCACUUACAACAAACUCAUUUGGAUGAUUCUUCAGACUUACGGUCUGACCUGACCCAGGAUACAGUACCAGAGUCCCCCGGCAUAUCAGAUAUUCUUCUAGAAGGUUGUGGUCAAACUUCACUUGAAUUAAAAGUCUCUUCUAAAGAAAACGGUGUUAAUCCAGUACAACCAAAUACCAGUGAAAGUGUUUCUGAAGUAAAUCCCUCUGCUUCAGUGUCUUUAAUGGACUGUUCUUCAGAGGCACCCUCCCAGUCUACUGGAGGAACAGGAACUGCAGAUACCUCAUCAUCUCAAGAUAAAACUGGAAAAUCUGUCCUAAAAGCUUGUCCAAAGUGCAAUUCUGAGUUCAGUCUUUUGGAUCAUUUGAAAUUCCACAUGAAGUGUUGUUGUCCAGACAUGGUGAAUAACUUCUUGGAAGUUAAAGUAGAAUCUUCACGUACUGAAGACACCGCCGAGAUUGCUUCGGAGAAGGAGAAAUUAAUUAUGUUAGUUAGUGACUUUUAUUACGGAACACAUGAAGGAGCUAUUGAGGCGGAACCAAAGACUUACACAACUUUUAAAUGCGUCACUUGCUUUAAAGUUCUUAAAAAUAAUAUUAGGUUCAUGAACCACAUGAAACACCACUUGGAACUUGACAAACAGAACAGUAAGAGUUGGGAAAGCCAUACCACCUGCCAGCACUGCUACCGAAAGUUUUCCACACCCCUCCAGCUGCAGUGCCACAUUGAGAAUACACACACCCGUCAGGAAGUUUCUACUACUUGCAAAAUCUGUGAAUUAUCAUUUGAAACAGAGCAUAUUCUUUUACAACAUAUGAAGGACACUCAUAAACCUGGUGAGAUGCCAUAUAUUUGCAAGGUUUGCCAGUUCAGAUCAUCAACAUUUUCUGAUGUAGAAACUCAUUUUAGAACAUCCCAUGAUAACACUAAAAACUUGUUGUGUCCAUUUUGCCUCAAAGUUAGUAAAAUGGCAACCCCCUAUGCGAAUCAUUACAUGAAGCAUCAGACUGUCCUUUGGGCUGAAAACCAUGAUGAAGCAGCGGGAGUUUCUGGGGGAAAGAACAGCCGUGCUUUGCCAAAAUCAGAAAAAAAAGGAAUUCAACAAUGUACAAAAUGCAGACUGCAGUUUUUGACCUGCAAGGAAAAAAUGGAUCACAAGAUAGAGCAUCGUACAUUUAUAAAGCCUAGAGAACUAGAAGGAUUGCCUCCAGGAACAAAAGUUACUAUUCGAGCUUCAUUUGGACAUCUUCCGUCAAGAGAACCAAGUACAUCUUCUAGUCCUCAAAGUGCUUCUGUUGAGGUUUCACCUCCACAGUCUAAAAAUACAAGUGCUAAAAGUCUUUCAAAUGCUAAUUCAAGUAAAUCUAAGACAAGUAAGCCUGGUGCAGCUUCCCCCACUGCAAGUAAGCCUAGUACAAGUAAGGCAGGAGUAGGUACAGCUAAAGACAGAAUGAAAUCCAUUUACAAGCGUAAGACUCGCCGCAACAGAAAAAAUGCAAUCAGCAUAGCUUUGAAGAACUUAAGGUAUCAUCAGGGGAUACACAAGUGCAUUGAGUGUCGUUCCCAAAUAAAAGACUUUGCAAGCCACUUUUGUAUAUAUAGCCACUGUAAUUUUUGCAAGUACAACACUAACUGCCAAAAAGCCUUUAUAAAUCAUAUGACGAGGAGUCAUGCCAGCUAUCCAAGUAAACAGUUACAUAUUCUUAAACAUUCUAGAGCUCCCAGGGGCAUUACUCUAGUGUGCCUUAAAUGUGAUUUCCUAACUAAUUCUUCCAGCUUAGAUCGAAUGGCUAAACACUUAAGUCAACGUAAAACUCAUACUUGCCAAGUUAUAAUAGAGAAUGUUACAGAAAGUACCUCAACUUCUGAACCCACUUCUCACCGCUUGUUGAAAUAGAUUCCCGCUCUGUGGCGCUCGUGCAACCUGGUGUGCAAGACAAGUUGGAAUGUCCUAAGUUCAAAGUUCUGAAGUAUUUUCUUACACAAAGGCAGUUUUCUAAGUUCAAAGUGCUAAAAUGUAUUCUCACCUGAAGGCAAUUAAACAACUGAGUUCAUAACACUAGCUCUCGUGGCUCUUUUCAGCUUUCGGAUGGCUCUAGAUUGAUACUCCACCUUAUCUCUGUCAAGUUAACAUACUUAACGUGUUUUUCUUCCUCCAGUUGGCUCUCUCCAAAACUAACUUUUGUUGCUGUAGUCUUUCCUUGCUUGCUUAAAAUAAUUUGUUUUUCUCUACUGUAUUUGCCUUCAGAAUAUUACAUUACAAACAAUACCAACUGUUCAUCAUUUAUUGUCUGCUUUCUUAUAAGUCUUACAUUUUAAGUCAGAUAGCUGUUUUUCCCUCUUUGUCUGUCAUUGUUCUAUUUUUCAUAUUUUUCAGAUGCAGAAGCAACACAGAAAUUUCAAAAAAUGUCCAGGGUACUCCUGGACAGUGUCCCCCUUCAAUGGACACACCUGAUGCCUGUUCUCUCUUUCCACGGAAUGUGAAUUAUUUGACUGUGAGACCUCUAGUUCGUGGCCUUAAAGUCCGCAAGGAGAGUCCCUUGCUACCUGACUGGCCUCCCAUAAGGCUGAUGCUGAUUUGGCCAGAGAUGACCUCAGAGCCCACCAAAUUGAGCACAACUUCCCACUGAGGGUUUUGACACUUGAUCUUUAGCAUGAGAGUUGAUUCUAACCAAGACAAGGCUAUGAAAUCAGUCUUUCAACAUCCAAGUUAAAGUUCAGUCAUUUUGGCUGCUGCCCUUUAAUAAUCUAGCAUGCAUGCAGUCUAAGGAAUAUAAAAAUUUUGGUCCUGUAUGGAAGCAAGAUUGCUUUCUUGUUCUCAGAAAAACAAAGUUUAUAAAUUUACUUUGCCAACAUAACAGUUAUUAUCGCAUUUAAAGUUUUAUUCAGUAUUAAUGCUAGGAAUUUUCAGCAGCACUAAUAUUCAGAUUUGUAAUUUUUGAAACUUUAAUUUUGGUAGCUUUGUUUUGUGUCAUUCAUCAAAUUUAUUGAUGUUUAUUUUGUUAUGUCUCCUUUGUACUUUCCUUUUUAUGCCUUUUGUUUGUUUUGUUUCUGUUAAGAACUCCAAGACAUUUCAUAAAAUUCUCUGCAAAUUUCAUGUAGUUAACUACAUGUAGCCUCUUAAUUUGAUACCUGUUCAGACCAUUUGAUAUUAUAACAUGCUCUAUCUUGGGACUAUCAUUUCUAUUUUAGGGAUUAUGAAUUCAAAAGACAAAGAAUUGGUAAAAUCUCUUAUUUCAGACUUUAAAACAAGUUUUAAAGUUACAAAUA